AAGAAAUGGGUCCGACCCGUAACGCAAACCCUAGCUAUUGUUGCUAUAAAACCAAGUAAAUCGCAGCUUGGUUUCGUUCCUUGUUCACCUCCCUAGCUUAUCAGAAAGCGCCUCCACACCGCAAAUCGUAGCAGCCAUGGUGAACGUUCCUAAGACAAAGAAGACAUACUGCAAGAGCAAGGAGUGCAGGAAACACACCUUGCAUAAGGUUACACAGUACAAGAAGGGCAAGGAUAGUCUUGCUGUUCAGGGAAAGCGCCGCUAUGACCGCAAGCAAUCUGGUUAUGGAGGACAGACCAAACCUGUCUUCCACAAAAAGGCAAAGACUACGAAGAAGAUUGUGCUAAGGUUGCAGUGCCAGAGCUGCAAGCACAUGUCGCAACAUCCAAUUAAGCGCUGCAAACACUUUGAAAUUGGGGGUGAUAAAAAAGGCAAGGGGACAUCUCUUUUCUAGAUGCGUUCUGUUGGUUGCAUUUUAUGUUGCUUUACUUAUCAAUCUUGUUGGAGCUUGAAAGCUAAAAUUGGAUAAUUGUUCAGUUUUGUUUGUUAGUCUAAUUUUGUAGUGGAACAGCAAGUUGUUUCUGAUCACCAUUUAUGAUUACUGUUAUGGUUUGACCGUUUGAGAUUAAAUUUUGUUAAAUGUCUUCCAAAUUU